GCCGCAGGGCGCCCGCGACGUCGGCGGCGGUGGCGCGCGGUGGCGGCGGCGACGGCGGCCGAGUCUGCGGCAUCGGGUUGAGCCCUCCGGCCCGCCCCCUUCCCUUCCGUCGGCCGCCACCCCGCUGAUCCCCUUCGCCUUCCCUCCGCGCCUUUCCGGCGCCCGGCCGAUCGUGUCCGCGCUCGCGCGGCGGGGUGCGGGUGUGCGCAGGCGCGGUGGGGGCACUUCGCCGGGUUGGGUGGGCGGCGGGACCCGGGAGCGCGCGGGCGAGACCAUGGCGGGCAGCGGCGCGGGGGGCGGCGGCGUCGGGGAGACGAAGGUGAUUUACCACCUGGAUGAGGAGGAGACUCCCUACCUGGUGAAGAUCCCUGUUCCGGCCGAACGCAUCACCCUCGGUGACUUCAAGAGCGUCCUGCAGCGGCCCGCGGGCGCUAAGUACUUUUUCAAGUCUAUGGAUCAGGAUUUCGGGGUGGUGAAGGAGGAGAUUUCAGAUGACAACGCCCACCUUCCCUGCUUCAACGGGAGGGUGGUGUCCUGGCUGGUGUCGUCAGAGAACCCCCAACCCGAGAUGGCUCCCCCAGCCCACGAGCCCCGGGCAGAGCUGGCACCGCCCCCCCCACCGCUACCCCCCCUGCCACCGGAGAGGACCAGCGGCAUCGGGGACUCUAGGCCUCCGUCCUUCCACCCUAACGUGUCCAGCAGCCGGGAGAACCUGGAGCCUGAGACGGAAACCGAGUCGGUGGUGUCCCUGCGGCGGGAACGGCCUCGUAGGAGAGACAGCAGUGAGCACGGUGCAGGGGGCCACAGGCCUGGUGGACCCUCGAGGCUGGAGCGCCACCUGGCCGGGUAUGAGAGCUCCUCAACCCUUAUGACCAGCGAGCUGGAGAGCACUAGCCUGGGGGACUCCGAUGAGGAUGACACCAUGAGCAGAUUCAGCAGCUCCACGGAGCAGAGCAGUGCCUCUCGCCUCCUCAAGCGCCACCGGCGGCGGAGGAAACAGCGGCCACCCCGCCUGGAGAGGGCGUCGUCCUUCAGCAGCGUCACUGACUCCACCAUGUCUCUCAACAUCAUCACGGUCACACUCAACAUGGAGAAGUACAACUUCCUGGGCAUCUCCAUUGUGGGCCAGAGCAACGAGCGGGGCGACGGCGGCAUCUACAUUGGCUCCAUCAUGAAGGGCGGUGCGGUGGCAGCCGAUGGGCGCAUCGAGCCGGGUGACAUGCUGCUGCAGGUCAACGACAUGAAUUUCGAGAACAUGAGCAACGAUGAUGCAGUGCGGGUGCUGCGGGACAUCGUGCACAAGCCGGGCCCCAUUGUGCUGACUGUGGCCAAGUGCUGGGAUCCGUCUCCCCAGGCCUAUUUCACUCUUCCUCGAAAUGAGCCCAUCCAGCCGAUCGACCCAGCUGCCUGGGUGUCUCACUCGGCUGCACUGACUGGCACCUUCCCCACCUACCCGGGCUCCUCUUCCAUGAGCACCAUGACAUCCGGGUCUUCUCUGCCCGAGGGCUGUGAGGGCCGGGGUCUGUCCAUCCAUACGGACAUGGCAUCUGUCACCAAGGCCAUGGCAGCUCCGGAGUCUGGACUGGAAGUUCGAGACCGCAUGUGGCUCAAGAUCACCAUCCCUAACGCCUUUCUGGGCUCGGACGUGGUCGACUGGCUCUACCAUCACGUGGAGGGCUUUCCUGAGCGGCGGGAGGCCCGCAAGUAUGCCAGCGGGCUGCUCAAGGCGGGCCUCAUCCGCCACACUGUGAACAAGAUCACGUUUUCCGAGCAGUGCUAUUACGUCUUCGGAGACCUCAGUGGCGGCUGUGAGAGCUACCUGGUCAACCUGUCUCUGAAUGACAACGAUGGCUCCAGUGGGGCUUCAGACCAGGACACCUUGGCUCCUCUGCCUGGGGCGACCCCCUGGCCUCUGCUGCCCACCUUCUCCUACCAGUACCCAACUCCACACCCAUACAGCCCGCAGCCGCCCCCCUACCACGAGCUGUCAUCCUACACCUAUGGUGGCGGCAGUGCCAGCAGCCAGCACAGCGAGGGGAGCCGGAGCAGUGGGUCAACACGAAGCGAUGGGGGGGCAGGCCGUACAGGGAGGCCCGAGGAAAGGGCCCCUGAGUCCAAGUCCGGCAGCGGCAGUGAGUCUGAGCCCUCCAGCCGUGGGGGCAGCCUUCGGCGGGGCGGGGAGCCGGGUGGGGCUGGUGAUGGGGGCCCUCCCCCUUCCAGAGGCUCGUCAGGGGGUGUCCCCAAUCUCCGAGCCCACCCUGGGCUCCAUCCCUAUGGGCCACCCCCGGGGAUGGCCCUCCCCUAUAAUCCUAUGAUGGUGGUCAUGAUGCCCCCCCCUCCACCCCCUGUCCCACCAGCAGUGCAGCCCCCAGGGGCCCCUCCUGUCAGAGACCUGGGCUCUGUGCCCCCAGAACUGACAGCUAGCCGCCAAAGCUUCCACAUGGCCAUGGGCAACCCCAGUGAGUUCUUUGUGGAUGUUAUGUAGGGCGCGCAGCGGGGCCGCGUUGAGUUUCCUCCCUCGGCCCAUCCAGUCCGCCCUUGGUGCUUCUGUCCUAUGACUGGGUGUCUCAUCGGUCACCUGCCCAUCACGCCUCUAGGGCCUGGGCUUAGCCACCCGCUGGGGUCUUUGCCACUGUGACUCUCACCAGCAGUGCCUGGUUCCUCCCCUUUUCCUCGGGGGUGUACAAGGGACCUUGGUUAUUUUUAGCUUUACCGUUUUUGUAAGACUUCUGGGGGGUUUGAAAUAGACUUUCAUACAUUUUUUGGACUAUUUUUUUAGUAGAUAUUUCCACUUUUAUAUGAAGAAUCUUUGUCUCCUGGGCCCUUUCUUCUAGCCCCUGAAUGUGAUCUCCCACUCUGUUUGCCCUGUCAGUUGUGCCCUGCGCGGGGUGGGGGGUGGUCAGUGGUACCUUGGGAGGAGGAAGGGGCUGGGCACCCUAGCCGGCAGUCAGAGGAAGCUGGGGUGUUUGGUCUUGGGGGCCCACGUAGCUGCUUUUGUUACUCUAUUUAUUUAGUCACUUGUAUAAAACCAAAUAAAGCAAUAGGGGCAAACUC